AUGCUGAAUGAGCAUAUAUCAAAAAAUCAAAAUUUUUGUUUACAGAUCAAACCUGUUAAUAAUAAACAAAUUCAUGCAACUGUUCACUCAACAUCAAAUAAAAAGAAUUCUAAUGGUCCUAAGACCUUGUCGUUUGCAAGUGCAUCAUUGUCAAACGAUCAAAUUCAACAGACUCAAUCAGUCUCUGUUGUGUCACCGGCACCUAAUGAAAUUAAAUUAUCAUCGGUAUCCAAUGAUAUUAAAUUAUCAACACAACACAGUUUCAAAAUAUCAACAAGAAAACUAUGGAUUAUCUCUUGUGGAAUAUUGAUUGCUAUGACCGUUUUAAUUGCUUUGACAGUUGGUAUUUAUGCACUAAUUAAUACAAAAACAGCUGCAGCUAGCAUUAUGACAAUAACUACAACAACAGCAACGACGGCGACGACAACAACAGCAACGACGGCGACGACAUCAACAACAACAACAACAAUAACAACAACUACUACUGCAUCAACGACAACUGUUUUUUAUUCAUAUAUAUUUAAAGCUACCACGACCACUGCACGUCCAACUGUGAACAUAACACAAGCUGGUGAUCCGAUUGUUGGUAUUUGUAAUACAAUAGCUGGUGGAAAUGUCGGUGGCUCCGGCGUGAAUUAUCCAAUCACUGAAAAUAUAUCAAAUGCUAUCGAUGGUUCAUUAAGUACAAAAUACCUCAAUUUUGGAAGUUCAUCAUCCGGUUGUUCUGGUUCAAGCCCUGCCGGAAUAAAUACUGGAUUUUAUGUUACACCUACUAGAAGUAAUGCAUCUAUUGCUGUUGGUCUUCUUUUUGCGACUGCAAAUGAUUCUCCUAAUCGUGAUCCAAUAACAGUAACUCUUGAAGGAACAAAUGCAACAACUACUGCAGCUUUCAAUUCUGGAACAAGUUGGACAUUGAUUUACAACGGUUCAACAGGUAUUAGUUCAUCAACUGAUCCAGGUCGUCAAAUAUAUGUGUCUCAACAGAUUUUCUCGAAUACGAUUGCCUUUAGAAGUUAUCGACUUCUUGUUACUUCGAAGCGUGGUACUGAUAAUUCAGUUCAAUAUGCUGAAGCUCAUAUUGUGGGAUAUAUUUAA